UUGGAGAGUCUGGAACCAGACGGGCUUCGUCUCAGAAUGAGAGGGCUGCACAUUAAAGACAGAGAGGAGGAGGAAUUUAUUCUCUCGAAAGGCAGUAAAUCUAUGGAAUUCAUUACUGCAGAGGGCUUUCGAUGUUGGGCCAUUCACACCCAUCACCCUCAGUGUCAAGCAAUUCUCUACGUCUCCUGCCUUUCAUUUUAAACACCCCCCCACCCCUUGUUAUUUCUCUUCAACUACAGGGAACACCUGCUCCCCAUCUCCCACUGUCCUUAUACUUCAUAAUCUUAUGCAUAUCAGGUGGCAUGGUGGCUUAGUGGUUAGCACUGUUGCCUCAUAGCGUCAGAAAUUCGGCUUUGAUUCAAUUGACAAGCGACUGAAAGUGUGGAGUUUGUACAUUCUCCCUAUGCCUGCGUGGGUUUCUUCUGGGUGCUCAGGUUUACUUUCCCAAGCCAAAACCGUGCAGUUUAGGUGCAUCAGUCUCGGGUAAAUGUGGAGUUAUAGGGGAAUAGAUUUUUACAGUUACUCUUCGGAGGGUCAGUAUGGAAUUGUUGGGCCGAAGGUCCUGUUUCCACACAUUAGGGAUUCUACGAUACCCUCUCAGCCUUCUCUGCUUCAAAGAAAACAACCUGAUCUUAUCCAGACUCUCUUCAUUGCUGCAAUUUUCCCCAUCCCAGGCAACAUCCUGGUGAAUCUCCUCUGCACGCCCUCCAGUGCAAUCACAUGCUUCCUAUAGUUCAGAGGCUGGGACUAUGCACAGUGCUCCAGGUGAGGCCUCACCAAAGUCCUGUGCAGCUCCUACAUCACCUCCUUUUGUUAGAACUGUAUUUUGUUGUGUUUAAAUCUCAUUUGGUGUCCACCUUUUGUCGCAUUUCUUUUGCAGUUUCCAAAGAAACUCUAAGUCUGGAAGCUAAGUGGCCACAUGUUCUGAGGUACGAGAAGAUUGUAAUGAACUGCCGUACGCCAUACCAGACCUGGUGGGGACAAAAGCAUUUCCAGUGGUUUCGGAAUAAUGAGUUGAUAAAAGAAACGGAAGAUGAUUCAUUCACCAUAGAAAGUGCAGAAUAUUCAGAUGAAGCACCUUAUCGAUGUGAAUUAACAAUUUACUAUAGAAAGUGGGUUUCGAACAAUCUAACCAUCACAGUAUCAGAACGCUUUGCCAAGCCCGUGCUGAUGGUGGAACCGGCAGCUGAAGUAUUCGAGGGGCUCCAUCUCACACUGACUUGCACUGUCCAGGCGGCACGGCCCUCCAUCCGGCUUCACUACCUAUUUUACAGAGGCAGUGACGUCCUGGAGGCUCCGCCUGAUCAUGGUAACGUGUACACCAUCAACGCAGCGGCUACAGACGUUUCCGGAAAUUACAGCUGUGAAGCAAUCGAGAUGUUUUUCAGUCUAAGGAAGAGGAGCGAAGGCAUUCACAUUUCCGUUAAACAGACGUUCACCAUCCCUAAGUUGACCGUGCAUCCUGAGGGACAAGUGUUUGAUGGCCAAUGGGUUAAACUGGUUUGCUCAGUUGAAGCAAAUAUGUUCCAAGCUUCCUUGCAGUACAGCUUUUACAGAAAUGGGGUCCCUCUCCAGUCUCCAUCCGACCACAGCGAUUACAUCUCUGAGUCACCUCGUCCAGCAGACUCGGGUACUUACCAUUGUGAAGUCACGGACGGGAAGGUGUGGAAAUGCAGUAAUCAGCUCCAUUUGUCCAUCAGACGAAUUCCAGUGUCAAAACCAGAACUAAUAAUACAACCCGGAAAGAAGCUCGUCGAAGGAAACAUAGGAUCCUUAAUCUGUUCAGUUUCCAAGGGAUCUCUGCCGAUUUACUACCAUUUCUACAAGGGCUCAAGCAUGGAACUGUACUGGGAGCUUUCCAACAGCACUGAACUUGUUUACAACAUAGGAUCUAUCAGCAGAAGGGACGAAGGGCUUUACCAUUGUUCAGUGGAAAAUGGGGUGACAGGACAUCAGCACAGUGAAGACAUAGAGAUCACAGUAAUAAUACCUGUCACAGAUGCUGAGUUGAUUUCCUCCACCAACGGGACUGAGGUACACUCCGGGGAAUGGCUUGUUCUCUGGUGUCGGGUCAGGGAAGGCACUGAGCCCCAGUUCAUUUGGUACCGUGACAACGUGCCGCUAAGAAACGACAGUGGAAGCUACCAUGUGACUGCCAAUGGUGGGGAGCUGGCUAUUCAUUCAUUUCAAAGAGACGAUGUUGGGAGGUAUCACUGUGCAGCAAUCAACAAAGGAAGCAACAACACCAUUUUUAAUGUGACCAGCGACUAUAUAGAAUUCACGCUGCGAGCUCGGAGCUACUCCAUGGAAAUCACGGCGUUGCUCCUCUCAGUUCUACUGUUCGCCGGCCUGAUCGUGUUGGCGUGCUUCGUUCAUAGGAGAAGGCACACAGGAAAACCCUCAACUCUGUCACAGCCCAGGAGAUCCCAAUCUUCUUGUGAAAGGACAGCAGUCAGCAAUCUGGAGUAUGCAGUAGUUGGAGAAGCACAUAAUGCUGAUAACAACAUUGCUGAACUGGUUUAUUCAGAGGUCACCAUCAAGAAGAGAACAAAGCCCAACAACAGUAGUGCAUUCUCCUCCGAUGUGAAGAAGGAUGCUCAGACUGACCUUGAUGAGUAUUGUAUCACAUACGCCACACUGAACCUCAGCGAGCCCUCGCAGGAAGAAGAUGGAGCAGAUGGAAACGUCUAUGCAAAUAUUCCACCCAAGUAAGAAGCAAGAAGAAAAAUUGCGAAGUAGAGGUGGGGUUCGUUCGACUCUAUCAAUCGUCUGGUGAAGAGGGAUAAUGCAACUCCUGUGUAUAGCAAGCAAACGUGUCCACAUUAUGAUGGAACUGUGUUUCACAAGGCAUUCGGCUCCAAUAAUUUUCUUCCGUGGAAGUUAUUUUCACGUCACUGUCUCUGUCAACCUACUCUGGGCCUUACAGAUCGCUGGGUUUAACACUUGCCAUUUAAUUCGGCUGCUAGUGGUCUUUGUAAAUGUAAUGUGUGCCUCUCCUUCUCUCUCAUGUCCAUAUCUGAGGAUUGAACUUUUCAGUUGGCCCAUGUUUAAGGGGAGGACUAUAUCAUCUGUCCCCUCCUGUGAAUGGACGACCAGGGAUCUCUCCCAUUUUGACUAACAUUGAACAGGAAUCGUCAGACGGAUCUAACAGGCGGGAAACAUUAAACUAGAAACCAGGCAGCUUCAAUGGUUACUUUUCACAGUGAAAGUGUCCUAGGACGUGAGGCUUCAACUCGCAACUUCUGGCAGCGCAGACAGAACGGACACUGAGCUACAAGUCCCUGACGAUCCAGAGAGAGGAGACACGGCUGACAGGAAGUCUCUACAAAAAAGGCUAGAUCUCCCAAAGAUCCGCCAACCUGCUGGAAGCGUCGGCCUGGAUUUCUGAGUUUGCGAACACCAUUGUGGGAAUAGAUGGGAUGUCUGUCGCUGCAGAUGUUUUGAAAACGCCAUGAUGAUGGGGUUGGGCAUAUCACACACCUCCAGAGCAUCAGACUUGAAUUUUGAAUGCAGAAGCAAAGGCCUGGUGAUAUUAUGGGUGGAUGGUUAAUCCAGGGACCUCAGUAAUAUUCUGGGGACCUGGGUGCGAAUCCCAUCACAUCAGAUGUUAGAAUUCGAAUCCAAUACAAGUCUGGAAUUAAGAGGCUGAUGGUGACCAUGAAUCGAUUAUCACUAAAGCCCAUUUGUUUCACUGAUGUCUUUUAAGGAAGGAAACUGCUAUCCUUACCUGGUCAGGCCUACAUGUGACUCCAGACCCACAGCAAUAUGGUUGACCUUUAACAGCACACUGGGCAAUUAGCAAUGGGCAAUAAAUAUUAACCUAUGCAGUGAUGUCCCCCUCCCAUGAGUAAAAGGAGUGUUGGCCUCUCAGUUCGGAAGUAGUUAAAAUACCACGGCAACUCUUAAGGGCUCGAACUGUUGUAAAUACAGGCUUUGUUGAAGAUGUUAAUAUUUUAACACCGCCCACGUGCGGAUCUGAUAACUGCAGCCAAACAGGAAUAGAGCAGUGCAGGUCUGAUUACAAACUGAUAAGCACCAUCAGGAACAAUGAGGGCCAAAUCUUCUGGUCAAUAGGUGCCAUUUGUCUUUGAACGGAACAUCAGGACGAUGCCAAUGAAUUGUUAAAGAUUAGAGCAUUCACAGACUGUGACUGAAUUAUCGGUUUUUAUACACCACAGCCCCUCAUUCGGUCAAAGGAUCUAGGGCAUUGUUGGCAAGGACAGCAUGAGUGUCUCUAAUCGUAGAGUCACAGAGUCAUACUGACAGGUAACAGAUCCUACAGCCCAAGUAAUCCGCUGACCAGGCUUCCUAAACUGUUGUUGACCCAUAUCCCUGUAAACAUUUCCCAUCAUUGUAUCUGUCCAAAUGUCUCUUAAAUGUUGUAACUGUACCCACGCAUAACAUUGUAUGGCUGUUCGUUCCAUACAUGCACCACCAGGUCCCUUUUAAAACUUCCUCUAUCAUCUUUCACAUAUGCCCUCAGUUUUGGACUCUCCUUCCCUGAAGGUAAAGACCUUCGUUAUUCAUCUUACCAUUGCACAUCAUCAUUUUAUAAACCUCUACAGGGUCCAUCGCUCAACCUCUGAUAUUCCAGGUGAAAAAACGCUAGCCUAUCCAAGCUCUCCUUAUUACCCAAACCCUCCAGUCUUGAUAAUAUCCUUGUACAGCUUUCCUGCAUCCUUUCCAGUUUAAUAGCAGCCUUCUUAUAGAAGGGUGACCAGAAUUGCAUGCAGUACUCCAAAUGUGGUGUUAUCAGUUCCUUGUACAGUUGUAUCAUGACACCCCACCACUUGUCCUCAGUGCUCUUUUACCAAUCCAUUGCUAUUUGCAUAAUAAUCCACUUCCUGUUUUUCCUCCCAGACUGGAUAACCUAAUGUCGACCCACAUUAAACUGCAUCUGACAGGCAUUGACCCACUCACUCAAGUUAUCCAAAUCACAAUGAAGCAUCUCUGCAUCCGCUUUCACAGCUUCCCUCGCUACAAGCUUUGUGUUGAGAUGGAAAACGAAAUAAAAACACGAUGGGCAUGGUAUUAAUUCAGCAGUGGGAAUUCUAUUCAUGGAUGGUGCACAUUGGGAAGGGUCUAAUCUAUUGCUGAGUUGCUGUAAAUGUAAUUCCUUGGUGGGCUUUGCUUUUGCAACAAUAAUUCUAUAUUUGAUAAUGAGCAAAGUUCCAGUGCAUAGCACAUUAGUAGUUAAUAAAAAUUAAUUAGAGAUAAGCUGGCGGAAUGCUAUUGAUCUGAUGUGAGAU